GAUCUACUUAAUUAGUCUACUUAAUUGAUGUAUAUAAUUAUGAUAUAGCAAGUUUACAAUAGCUGGCUCAGCUGUCAGGAUGAGCACAAUGUUUAGGAGUGGCAGUGGCGAGAACAUUGCUGGCAUCGUACGCCAAAUGUCGCACCCAGCCGUCAGGAUCAAGGAUGUGGAAUUAGAGGCCACCAAGACAUCUCAUCACUCCUCCUCUACUUCCCUUGUGUGGAAAUCGGCGGAAAAUCUGUACCAAGCGACCAUCGAAGAUGAUCUGCGUAGCAAGCCACUGCCCCUAAAAGCUCCUAGUCCUGUCCGUCCUCUGCAGCGCAAGGAAUCAAGCCCCGGAGAUGCUCGUCUUCGCCACGCUAUCUCCGCGCCGGCGCCGGACCAGACGGCUGAAGCGGACAUGCUGAAAGACGAUGGUAUGGUCAGCCGCGAAUCGUCGUCAGAAGCUCCUUCAAAAGAAUCGGCGAAGGCAGCCAAGAAGAAUGCCAAACUUGCUGCCAAAUCUGAAAAAAGUUCCAAAAAGUUCGGCAAAAGCGGAUCUAAGAAAGAUAAGAAAGAAAAGAUGAGCUAUAGCAGCAGUGAUAGUAAAGCUAAUACCGAUACUGAGGAACAACGCCAGCAAGUUCGAUAUUCCCGCAGCAUUAGUGUCAAUGACCGCGUCGGCUACGAGGCUACGAAAGAUCGCAAUGACAGUAUCUCUUCUGCCCAUUCACAACACCAACUACUUAAGCAAAAUAUAUCUAGCGAAGGCAACGUUUCUUUUAGUGCAUCGCCUAAUUCCAAGAGUCACAAAUCUGAUAACUUAAGCGUAUCUCGCCUCUCAUCUCACUCGGCCAAUUCAUCGGCAUCGGCGGCAGCCGUGCCUGUCGCUGAAAGCACUCAUUUGUCUUCAGGAGGCUCUACCUCCGUUGAGUACCGGUCGAGUCCCACUGAACACUACGUUCCUUACCGCCAAAUAUCCGAGGAGUCCUCAUCACCCGCAUCUCCCUUGUCUCAACAAGGCAAUAACGGCUGGCAAGACGCCGUAGACGUGCAGCGAAAAUCGUCCUCUUCUUCCAACGGCCUUCAUCCAGCCGAUAGCGAUCGCACUCGUCAGAACUCAAGCCCCAUGAAAAACCAACCUGACUCCUCGAGCGUGCGCCGCAUCAGCAAAGACGUUGCGGCCUCCGACAUGGAUUGCUUGAUCUUGCGGUCCGAGGAGACCACAAAUAUUAGUCACAAAAGUUCAGUUGUUGGCAUAAGCGAACGUUUGCCUAGCGAGAACCACUUCAUCAACGAGGAAAAUUCAAGUGGAAUUGCGGUUGUUGAUGGAGAUGGCAUAAAUGGCAGCCUGUAUGUGACUCAUCCCUCGGUGGUGGUCAACUCUCCCUCAACCGGUGAUCUCAACGGGUACCAGCAGAACAGGUUACGGAGCGACCGGCGCUCGCCGAGCCCCCGACCACCGACGGCGCUGUCGGGCGCUGAGAGCGGCGGUGACGACUGCACCUACAGCGGCCUCAAGGACUCAAUAAGCCGGUACUCGGAGUCGACGAGAUCAACGGGCAGCCAGAGCGUGGUGAGCCAGAAGGAGAAGAGUCCUCCUCAGGGCUCGUCUGAGAAGGAUAAGAAGAGUAAGAAGGCCUGGUACAACGUGCUCAACCCCAACUACAAGAGCCGCUCUGAGGACCUUAAGAGGCUCUUCAAGGACCUGCCUCUUGAUGAACGCCUCUUAGUGGAUUAUUCGUGUGCGAUGCAGAAGGACAUUUUGGUGCAUGGUCGUCUCUACGUCACCCCAAACUUCUUCUGCUUCUAUUCUAAAAUAUUCGGAUGGGAAACUCUGGUAUAA